GGUCGUGUUACGCUACAACGCCCAUCAGUGACCUCAUCCCCUUAGUGGCGGCACGCGCGCGACCCCGCCGCUGCAGAGAGAGAGAGAGAUAGAGAGAGAGAGAGAGAGAGAGAGAGAGAGAGAGAGAGAGAGAGAGAGAGAGAGAGAGAGAGAGAGAGAGAGAGAGAGAACACGGCAGGAUGGUGGUGAUGACGUCUUGUUGUUGUUGCUUCUCGCCUCGGACGGGAACUAUGGGCGUGGGAGUCGUCUGUCUGAUCGUCGGCUUCUGUGCGUCCGUCGGGUUCUGCUUCGCUCUCAUCAACAUCGAGUCGGUAAAGGAGACAUUGGAUGCGUCUUACUCGGAGUACCAGAACCUGCUGAGCCUCAACUUGACCGAGCAGCGACUCAUGAUAGUGGAGAGCGUCAUAGGGAUCAAGGACUUCAUCAACUAUCUCAAUACAAUCCUCAUCAUCUGCCUCGUUUUCUAUGUUGUUUACACCUUCACCGCUCUCUUCCUCACCUACGGAGCCUGCACGGGCAUCAGGUCGCUGCUACUGCCGUGGCUGAUAGUGGAGGUGGUACCCUUUGGAUUCCAAGUGGCCGCGGUGGUGAUCCUCUUCGUGUUUGGCAGAGACGACCCGACGUUAUCCCGCGGCGGAGUGUACAUCGUGGCGGGGCUGAUCAACAUUGUGGCAUUCGUGUUUCACGUAUACUGGUGGCUGUGUCCCUUCGCCCACUACCAGGAGCUGAAGAACGAAGAGAGCACUCAGGUAGAACCCCUCGUCCCGCCCUCCCACCCCAUGUAUCCUGCGGUCCUCAUGAAGUACUGAACGCCCGUGGCCAAGGUUUCUUCUGGUGGUGGUGGUGAUGGUGGUGAUGAGGUGGUGUUGAGUCUCCUCGUCUGUAUUUUUUCAGCAUUACUACUACUACUACUACUACUACUACUACUACUACUACUGCUACUACUACUACUACGUUCUGUGAUGAUGUUGAUUCUCCUCCUCGUCUUUCUUUUAUUACUCACUACUACUACUACUACUACUACUACUACUACUACUACUACUACUACUACUACUACUACUACUACUACUACCACUACUACUACUAUUGUUGGUGUGAUAUCACUCUUGGUUCUAAACAGACACGCUGGUUCUGCAUAAAUACACUGAGUUUAUAUAAAAUUACAAUUUUUGGUUUUCAUUAUAAUGCUGGUAGGCUUUUUAAUCAUCAUCUGUCAUGUUAACUGCAGGAUCAGUGCAUUGUUUGUGUGAGUGAUGGAAAAAGAAAACAAACGUAGUAAGUAUUUAUUUUAUUAUGUCGAUCGUAAUUUCUAGCAGCUAAGAAUGUAGGCAUGUUAAACAUUCAUCAACCAGCGUUAUGUCACACCUCCAUUCCAACAACAAGUACUACUACUACUACUACUACUACUACUGCUGCUGCUGCUACUAUUAUAGGUUACAACGAAAGCCUAGAAAGAUGAUGCCUUAAGAACCAUACAUUAAAUUUACAAAAAAAAAAAAAAAAAAAAAAAAAAAAAAACAUUUUACUGUCGGUAAUGUAUCAUUGUAGUUUAUCAGUAUAUUUGCAGAGUGCAUGUAUUUCAUGUGUUCAGAUAUUCAUAGUGCCUUAAAGAAUAACCAGUGUAUAAUGGACAACUAUUUUCUUGCAUCAGAAGAAAGAUUUACGAGGCUGAAUUGAAGAGUAGCCUAGCCGAGACCGCUUGAAUUUAAACCAGGAUUGAGGAAAUGAAAGGAAUAAGAUUGAUGGAUGUUAGCCUCAAAGUAAUGAAAUUAUAUUUUUAGCAAUCACUAGUGAAACAGUACCUGUAUAAAUGUGAUAUUUUAAUGUGCAUUAUAAAAAUAAAAGUUCUCGAAUUUA